GCUGUCUGUCAGUGUCAGUCAGGGCGGCGGCAGCGCUGGGCGGUGGGUUCCCCCAUGGCAGCGGUGGGGGCUGGGGAGGCCGCGACCCCCGCCCGGCUCCGGUUGGAGACCGAAGAGGAGACGGGAGACGGGGAGGGGGCGGGGAAAGGGGAAACGAUCGGCCCCCCCACAACGGGGAGGGAGACGGGGGUCGGCAUGGCAACGGAGCGCAGGUGAGACCCCGACUCCCCCCCCCCAUAUUGUGCCGCGAUGGCGUCGCCGGCCGUGAGCCCCGAUUCAUCGUCACACGAAGCUCCGUCAUCCCACAACUCGGCUCCGGGCUGUUCACCAACAUCCGACACUGAGAACCUCAGCCCCGAUGAGCUGGAGCUGCUGGCAAAGCUGGAGGAGCAGAACAGGCUGCUGGAGGCCGACUCCAAGUCCAUGCGCUCCAUGAACGGCUCCCGGCGGAACAGCGGCUCCUCGCUGGUCUCCAGCUCGUCGGCGUCGUCCAACCUCAGUCACCUGGAGGAGGACACGUGGAUCCUGUGGGGCCGCAUCGUCAACGAGUGGGACGAGUGGAGGAAGAAGAAGGAGAAGCUGCUCAAGGAACUCAUCCGGAAAGGGAUCCCCCAUCACUUCCGUGCCAUCGUCUGGCAGCUGCUGUGCAGUGCCACCGACAUGCCAGUGAAGAACCAAUACUCGGAGCUGCUGAAGAUGUCGUCCCCAUGCGAGAAGCUGAUCCGGAGGGACAUCGCUCGUACCUACCCCGAGCAUGAGUUCUUUAAGGGCCAGGACAGCCUGGGCCAGGAGGUGCUAUUUAAUGUCAUGAAGGCCUAUUCAUUGGUGGACAGGGAGGUUGGAUACUGCCAAGGCAGCGCCUUCAUCGUUGGGCUGCUCCUCAUGCAGAUGCCCGAGGAAGAAGCUUUCUGUGUGUUUGUGAGGCUGAUGCAGGAAUAUCGCCUCCGCGAGCUCUUCAAACCCAGCAUGGCCGAGCUGGGCCUCUGCAUCUACCAGUUUGAGUACAUGCUGCAGGAGCAGCUGCCGGAGCUGAACAUCCAUUUCCGCUCUCAGAGCUUCCUGACCUCCAUGUACGCUUCCUCCUGGUUCCUCACCCUGUUCCUCACCACCUUCCCUUUACCCGUGGCCACCAGGGUCUUCGAUAUCUUCAUGUACGAGGUAAAACCUGGCUCUUAAAAAACCCAAAACCCA